CUGUCCCUAGAAACGCGUGUGAGUUCCAAGUGCGCCGCCUCUACGCCCGGACCCUUCGUGAACUUUUUUGUUUCCCACACGCGAAACGUCCGACCGAACGUAUUAUUCCCGUACCUAUACGUGUUUCGAAAUUAUUUUAUUUUAUUUUUUCGUCGCUCUGCUUAUGCUCUUGACAUAAUAAAAACAACCACUGUCAGUAGUUUAGAUCGUGCGGUACCGUAAUUGAUUUUGAAUUGUUUUCUCCCAGUCACGUUAAGAAUAUGCGUGCCAUACUCGGAAACCCGAAAAUAUAAGGAAAAAAUUCACACGGACAUAUGCAUACCCGUACGAAUACGACGUAAUCAACGUAAAUAAACAACUGAGGAAAUCGUGGAAAUAUCCGUAAAGCUCGACGAGACCCGUGCGAUCGUUCCGGUUCACCAAUGACGAAAACACAAGUGACAUGGUAUGCGACUACGCUGUCGGUCGUUAUAAUAUCCGUUGCUGCUGGAAUAGGUGGCAAAGGAGCUCUUAAACUAUUGAAAUUAGAAGUACCGCAAUGGGCAGAUCUUAGGAGCUCAGUGACUCUCAACUGUCAGUAUGAUACGGGUGGCGACAGCCUUUACUCGGUAAAAUGGUACAAGGAUGAGCACGAGUUCUUCCGAUACACUCCUGGACUCAAUCCCAAGACGCUCGUGUUCAAUUUAGAUGGCGUCAACGUUGAUGAGAAUAAGUCAUCUUCCACGGUGGUGACGCUAUUCCCAUUAACGAGAAAGAGCAGUGGGAAUUACAAAUGCGAAGUGUCAACGGAUGCUCCGAAUUUUCCCACCGUCGUCGGAGACGCCAAUAUGACAGUCAUCGCGUUACCCGAAGAUGGUCCAAGAAUAGAAGGACUCCGGCAGUGGUAUACCGUGGGCGACUAUUUAGAAGCCAACUGUACAGCAAAAAUGACAUUUCCUGAAGCCCAAGUCACUUGGUAUAUAAAUAACUUAGAGGUUGACAGUUAUCUACUCGAACGUUACGCGCUUGAAGUAUCCGAUGGGCCGUUCUAUAAUUCCACAUUGGGCCUACGGUUUUUAUUAAAAAAAGAUUGGGUGGACACAAACAAAUAUAAGAUGGAUGUCAAAUGCGCUGCCAAAGUAUCUGGAGCCGAUGCCAAGAUGGACGAAACUAGUGUUCGGCUACGGGCUGUAACCGACCACACACUGUCCCAAGAAAGGCACAUUUAUAAUACGGGUGCUGUCUUCACCAAUUACUGGUUGGUCAUUUUGACAAUAUUCGUUUUACACUGCUACGGAACGCAAAACUAACGGGUUGUUCAAAUCUCGUUCUAAUACCUGAAAAAUCGAUUAAAUUUGUUAUCAAAGAUUUGCAAAAAGUAAAAAUACACAUUUUUUUUUUUUUUUCAUUAUUGUCGCCUUGGACCACACCAAAUAAUAAUAAUGGUUAAACUUCUAACACAAAAAUUCCUCGUUAAAACUGAAGUUGUGUAAACAAACGUAGUAUCAAUUUAAGAGUUUAUUUUUUUUUUCAAAGAGUUUUUAAAAUCUUU